CUCGCUCAAUCACAAUGGAAUGUCGCUCUUCUUGGCGACAAUUCCAGCGGGUGUUCAGCUCUAUCAUGGAACUUCAAACCCGGAACCAGUGAGGGGCAUGGAAUGGCUGGCAUUCGAACCUGAACACGCUUUGAUAUUUGCAAGACCGAGAAGACCGCCAGGAGGGCGGCCACCUAAGAAGGGAAAUCCACCCAAUAAUCCAGGUGCACCACCUCUUCCGCUCCCUGAAGUAUGGGAUAGUAGUGCAGAACAUGACCCCCAUGAGCUCCAGAACUGGUCGAAGGGUCAUCCACCACCACCACCUCUGGACCGUCAUCACAAAGGACCACCUUCGCCUCCUCCAGGACAGCCUCAUAGAGGAUCGCCACCUCCCCAUCCUCAUGGACCACCGCCGCCGUUCCCUCCGCACGAAGGCCCUCCACCUCCUCCUGGCUCACCACCUCCUCCUGGCUCACUAACCCCCUCCUACGACCGCCAACACCCAUUUCUCAUCCCUAACUCCAAACAAUUCCAAGGGGAAGAACCCUCCAAACCGGGCUAUCUCCACACCUACGCCUCAACGCACCCACUCCACCUCCUUUACAUAGACGGGAUGUCAGCCGGCAAAACCUCCAACGGCACCCUCGACACCCAAGACUACCUCCUCGUCAAUCUCUCUGCUCCUGAGCGCGGUGGAAUGUGGCAAGAACUCGAGCGUGCCCACGUUCUCUGCAAUCUAUCCGCUACUGUGUGGGACAACAAAAUUGAUGGGGUGUUGAGAAUGGAGGGAGGGUUCGAAAUUAUUCUUUGUGAGUUUGGGCGGCAUUUGCAAGUUAAGGGUAUUAUGCCUGUAGUCGAGCCUGGAAAUGGAGGUGGGGGACACGGCACCGGGGAAGGCGGAAUGCUAGGGGGCUGGCGGUAUAUCAAGGCGAUUACAGAUCGGUAUCAUGGGAUUGGCGGGUCGAGGGUGAGUCUGGAUUUCGAGAAUUUUGUUACCGUUUUUGAGGACGAAGGGUUGGAGUUGUGGAAGAAUGAUGUUGUGAGUGAUGUCCCCAUGCCAAGACUCCAAAACGUUGGGGAUGAGGAUUUGGUCAGGAUACGAGAUCGCGUUACUGCGAUGAUAUUGAAUAGCGAAAGAGAAGGCGAGGGCAAGGAAGUCGUCCGGGUCAACUGGCAAGAAGUCACGGAUAUGAUUGUCCAGCGCUAUAGCACGCCCCUCCACUACCUCAGCAAUACAACCUCUCCCAUCCGGACCUCGAAAGAAGAAUACGCGACAUACCUCUCGACUCUCCUCCAACCCUUCAUCGACUAUACAUCCCGCAACACAAGCCUCGAAACUCAGCGCUGUAUCUCGCAAUUCCUGCACACUGUCCCUAGUAGCACCUCGCUCGCCUCCCGCGCCGUCCAAUCCAUCAUGCGCCGCAUCUGCAGCACACUCCUCACUUCCCUUGAUAUUACCACGCUAUCCCUAUCCCGCUCCCUCAGCCGCACCAGCCCACCCCCAACACAUGCACUCUCGGUCAUUGACUCCCUGGUCUGGUAUCUCCAAUGGACGACCUGGAAGCAAUGUCCCUCGUGCACAGACGAGGAGAUCUGCAUCAUCCCUAUCUGGCCACUGGGCACACUCGAGGAUCAUCGUGAGCCCAAGUGUCUCGGGGAGAGCGAUGUUAUGGGAAGGUAUGGGUACUGGGGGAUGAGGAUUGGGAGACCGCCUCCAGGGGAACAUGAGGGUGGCGACGAGGCAGGAGCAACGUAGCUGUUCAGGGGUGGGGGAUGAGAACCGUAGUAUUGGGAGAGGAGGAUUGGGUUGGAGUGUUUGGAGAUGCCGUGGAAAGGACCAGGAGUGGGUGAGCUUCAUAAGUGGGCGGCUGCAGAUUGUUCACAGGUAGCGUUAGAGUGUUGUGACUGGAUGACUGGCUAUUUUCUUCUGA